GUUAUAAUUGAAGUCAGUCUGUAAUACAGUCUGUAUUUACCGGUCAAGUGUUGUACGCAUGCGUUGUCUCAAGUGAUCACAAACUGGUGUUUGUGUUUGAAUUGAAGUUUGAUUUGAAUUCAAUCAUUGAUUGCUUUAGACAUGAGUCGAGUGUCCAGUGAUUGUCAACACGUGUUGUCAGCGCUCAAGAGCUCAUCCAAAGGACGGCUCACUUAUGACAGGCACUGGAAAGACGAGCGCAGGACUCAAGAGAUCAUAAAUGAAGUGAAGACCAACACCUCUGCCAUCACUAUAUCUCCCAAAUGUGUGUCCAAUGAGAGCAUCAAUAAAAGCAAGAGUUGUCCCAAAUAUAAGGUGAUUGAGAGCUCAACAAAGCAUACAAUCAGUGAUGAGUGCAAUGAGAGUGAUGUGAAUGAUGUGAAGGAGAGCUCUCACCACAACCCGACCCACAGAUGCCAUGAAGUGAUGAAUGGAUUGGAUUUAGUUGUUUAUGAGAAACAAAGACAGGAAUCUGUUUGCGAAGAACUCAAUAAAAAGAUGAAAAGUCUUGAAAUAGAGUUCACGAAAUGUAACCAAGAGUUUGACGAAGAGUAUCGACUCAUUCGCCAGAAGUAUGCUUUGGAUGCCAUUAAACGGAUCAAUGGUUUUGAAGAGGAUUACAAAGCACUGAAAGACAGCAUUUCCUACAAUGAGAUGCAUUUGGAGGACAACUCACUGACCAGUUGUUGCAAAAUGAAAGAAAUUGAAAGCAAACACCAGUUAUUAGUCGAAGAACAACAACGAAAACAAUUGCUCUGA